UCUCUCUUCGGGCGAACCCGGAAGUGCAGGUUCCGCAGCGGCGGCGACGUCUGAGGCGGCCAGUACCUGCCGGGAACCCGGUGCCCAGUGAGGGCGCUGGCGGAGCCGAGCUGGCGAGAGCCUCAGGGGCUUGGGGGUGGAGGGGACGGGACUGGGGCCGGGCAGCCCGGCCUGGACGGCGCGGGGGGCGCGAUGGCCGCGGCGGACCUGCAGGGGAAGUACCAGAAGCUGGCUCAGGAGUACUCGAAGCUUCGAGCUCAGAACCAGGUCCUAAAAAAAGGUGUUGUGGAUGAACAAGCAAAUUCUGCUGCUUUAAAGGAGCAACUAAAAAUGAAGGAUCAGUCAUUGAGAAAACUGCAACAAGAAAUGGAUAGUUUGACAUUUCGCAAUCUGCAGCUUGCCAAGAGGGUUGAACUACUUCAAGAUGAACUUGAUUUAAGUGAACUCCGAGGCAAGAAAAAUAAGAAAAGUGGAGAAUCUUCUUCUCAGUUGAGUCAAGAACAGAAAAGUGUCUUUGAUGAAGACCUUCAAAAGAAGAUAGAAGAGAAUGAACGGUUGCAUAUACAAUUUUUUGAAGCUGAUGAACAACAUAAACACAUGGAGGCACAACUAAGAAGUAGACUGGAGACACUGGAGACAGAAGCAGCACAGCACCAAGCAGUCAUAGAUGGUUUAACACGGAAAUACAUGGAAACCAUAGAAAAACUGCAAAAUGACAAGGCCAAAUUAGAAGUAAAGUCACAAACACUAGAAAAGGAGGCCAAGGAUUGUCGACUUCGAACAGAAGAAUGUCAACUUCAGUUAAGUAACCUUCAUGAAGAUUUGUCAAGUAGAUUAGAAGAAUCCUUGUCUAUCAUCAGUGAAAAAGUACCUUUUAAUGACACAAAAUUUAGUCAGUAUAAUGCUCUGAAUGUUCCUCUACACAAUAGAAGACAUCAGCUGAAGAUGCGAGAUAUUGCUGGACAAGCCUUGGCUUUUAUUCAGGAUCUUGUGACAGCUCUUCUGAACUUUCAUACCUACACAGAACAAAGAGUCCAGAUUUUCCCCAUUGAUUCUGCCAUUGAUACUAUAUCGCCAUUAAAUCAGAAGUUUUCACAGUACCUUCAUGAAAAUGCAUCCUAUGUUCGCCCUCUUGAGGAAGGAAUGCUUCGUUUGUUUGAGAGCAUUACUGAGGAUACUGUGACAGUCCUGGAGACAACUGUACAAUUGAAAACUUUUUCAGAGCAUUUAACCUGCUAUGUAUCUUUUCUUAGGAAGAUUCUUCCUUAUCAGUUAAAAAGUUUGGAGGAAGAAUGUGAAUCUUCUGUUUGCACAUCUGCAUUAAGAGCCAGAAAUCUAGAAUUAUACAGUGAUGUGAAAAAGAUGACUGCUGUGUUUGAGAAGCUCCAGACUUAUAUUGCUCUUCUUGCAUUGCCAAGUACAAAGCCAGAUGGACUACUUCGAGCAAAUUACAAUUCAGUAUUAACACAUAUUGCUACCAUUCUUCAAGAAUUUCAUGAUGUCAUGAAAGAUAUUUCCAAACACUAUAGUCAGAAAGCUGCUAUAGAGCAUGAACUUCCAACAGCUACUCAGAAGCUUAUAACAACUAAUGACUGUAUCCUGUCUUCCAUAGUGGCAUUAACAAAUGGAGCAGGCAAGAUUGCAUCUUUCUUCAACAACAACGUUGACUACUUCAUUGCUUCACUGAGCUAUGGGCCUAAGGCAGCAGGUGGAUUUAUCAGUCCUCUCUCGGCAGAGUGUAUGCUACAGUACAAGCAAAAAGCUGUUGCCUAUAUGAGGUCUUUGAAGAAGCCCUGUUUGGAGUCGGUGCCUUAUGAGGAAGCCCUAGCCAACCGCCGCAUCCUUUUGAGUUCCACAGAAAGCAGGGAAGGUCUUGCACAACAGGUCCAGCAGAGUUUAGAAAAAAUUGCUAAACUGGAGCAGGAAAAGGAACAUUGGAUGCUAGAAGCCCAGCUAGCUAAAAUCAAGUUAGAGAAAGAAAACCAGAGGAUGGCAGAUAAAGUGAAGAGUGCAAGUGGGGCCCAACUAGCACUGAGUACCCAAGAAAAUCCUGUUCUGUUGAAUGCCUCUGCUGUACAAGAUCAGGAAGAAUCAGCUGACAAGGCUUGGCAAGAACCUGUUCAGAGCACCAGUCUGGUUGGAAUGUUGGUGGUGACAUCAGACAGUGAGGUUCCAGAUGUUGAAUCCCGUGAAGAUUUAAUAAAAAAUCAUUAUAUGGCAAGGAUAGUGGAGCUUACUUCCCAACUUCAAUUGGCUGAUAGCAAAUCAGUGCAUUUUCAUGCUGAGUGCCGAGCACUCUCCAAAAGAUUGUCCUUAGCUGAAAAAUCUAAAGAAUCAUUGAAUGAAGAAAUGAAAUUAGCCAGUCAGAACAUUAGCAGAUUGCAGGAUGAAUUGACAACUACUAAGAGGAGCUAUGAGGACCAGCUCAGUAUGAUGAGUGACCAUCUUUGCAGUAUGAAUGAAACCUUAUCUAAACAGAGGGAAGAAAUUGAUACACUAAAGAUGUCUAGUAAGGGCAAUUCUAAAAAGAACAAAAGUCGAUAGUUUACAAAUAGUUGGGCCAGUCAGGUGACUGUCCUUUCUGCUGCUGCUGCUGCCCAGAACUGCAGGUGCUGAAAAUCCUUGUCCAUUUCUGGAGUCAGCCUUUUCAAAGAACUGAAGUAUUAUUGGACCUAGUAAUAAGUCAGUGCUGUAUAUGGCUUUGAAAUAACUAGAAUGUAUUUGUAACCGGUAAGGAAAAUAUAGAAUUUGAUGUCAACAAUAAAAUGCAAAACAAAACACAAUACCAUGGAUCUUGUAGAAAUUUCCUUGAGCUGUUUUUACUCUGCACUUUUUAAGAUUAGGCUUUAAUUUCAAUAUGUAAGAACAAAAAAGAUUUUGUAUAUUUUCAAACUCAAUUAUAUGGUAACAGAUUUGGUAUCAGUGCAAUAGAUGUAUGUUUCUGGAUAAAAAGUUUAAAUUAGCAACUUUUCACUGUUUCUUGCUAUAAUUGAAAUUAGUCUCCAGAUUCUUUAUGGAGCCCUCACCAUUAUUUUUUUGAGCAUUCAAACUUAAUUCUCAUGGGUCUAUUAUUGUCUCUAUUUCCCAAAUCACUCUGUAUUAGGAUGAUUAGCUUAUGGAAGUUGACGUCAAUAAAUUCAUACUUAAAGCAAA